GUCCAGUCAGACUUUGGGAUGCAUCCCAACUGGCCAGAGGCAGCUAUGACCAACCUGGAGUCCCCUUGGGAGGAAGGGAACCCAGGGCUCCUGGGGAAAGCCAUUUCCCUGAGGAGUGCCACGAGGCUGGAACAGGCCCAGAACACAACAGGUGCCCCAAGAUGGGUCAGGCCCAUUGGCACAGAUCAACAUGGGACAAAGGGCAGGUGGAGAAACCCAGCUGUCUGCUCUGAGCCUGCAGUCAUGAUGCGCUGCUAGCCAAGUUCAGUCGGGAAAGAAGGGCCCACACCCUGCCCCAAAGCAAAGCCACUCUGCACACCUGGCCUUUUGCUUUCCAGCAUCUUCAGCAGAGACAGCCAUGCAGGAAGGUUGGAGGCAUUGAGAGUAAAGAGAAAACCCAAACAACGCAGAAGUUGAAAGCGGGGCCUUUGCCACAUAACAUACCUGUCUUCCUAUCCUAUUCUGGUUAAUGACUAAUCAUGAUGUGCUAAUAUUAGGCUGAACUACACAAAAUUACCUUUUCUGUGGGUCAAACAUGGCCAAAUAUGGUCAAUUUUAUAUGGCUCUACCUAAGAGUAAUAAUGAUGAUGACAACACUUAUUGAGUGCCAUGUUCCAGUACAUUCCAUAAACAAUCUCAAGGAAUUUUCACAGCUAUCCUGUAACAUAGGGCCUCUUAAGGCCUCCAUUUUACAGAUGAGGAAACUGAGGCUUAGAACUGUGAAGUCCAAUGUGCAGAAGCCAGGAGGCAACUUCAGGUGAGCCAGACUCUGAUAUCUGAGCACUAAGUUAUGGCUCUAGUUCCUUACAGCAAAGCUCAGAAAAAAAUCAAACUCUCCCAAAGGAGAUGAAGAGAGGAAGAAAGGGCCCAAGCACAGUCCUGUGGGCUCAUGGCAGCGGCUCUGGAUUUGCACUUAGUUCUGGCCAAGCAACUUAGCUCUGCCCUGUGACCUUGGGCAGGUGUCUUCUUCUCUCUGGGCCUCAGCGUCCCCAUCUGCACAAUGGGGAUAAAGAGUCUGACCUGGCCCGACUGAUGAGAGGGUUCCAUCAGUGCUCAGGCCAAGAGGGUAAUAACUGCCUUUCUUACUCCAGGUCCGAGGCCUUCCCCUCCCCGACAGUAGCUGCCACGGCAACAGGUGGCCCUAAUCCCUGAGCGGGGCAUAAGGAGCUGGGGAGACGAAGAGGAGGGGAAGGAAUCCGUCCUAUGAAACUUCCAAAGAUCUCAAGUCUAGAAGACUCUGACGGGGUCCCCCAAAGUUCCAAGUUGGGCCAUUUGCAUCACCUUGAAGAGUCUGAAGGCAGAUCAGGACCUGCUCCUUCUGCAGAGCAGAGCAGGGAGGAACCAGAACAGGUAGCCUCCAGCUCUCCAGAUACGGAAGCAGCAGCUCCCUCCAGGCUCCUCAGGCAAUCAGAAAAGGAGCCAGUGCCCUUCCCUCUUUCCCAGAACUCAGUUGGGAGGUUCAUCCCCCAGUUUGCAAAAGCCAAGAAGACAGUGACAAGACAAGCAGAGAGGAGAGAAGAGGACCCAGGGGGUGGGGCCUUUAGCUCGGAAACCCUGCCAGAGCCCAGUGUCCAGCAGGCCAGAAACCAGCCUCAGGAGGAGUCCCCAGGGCUUGCCCUCCAGGAAGCCAGGGACCCAGAAGACCAGAUCCAGGCAGACAGUACCUACCCCAAGCUGAACAGUCAAAGCCCCAUGCCUGGCAGUGGGGACCCUCAGCCCUCUGCCUCCACCAGCCCCUCUUCAGAGUGUGGGUCGGUGCCCUUGGCCUCAGAGCGGACCAGCCAGGACCACUUGUCAGAGCACAGGAGGAACAUGCCAGAUGAUGGGAGCACAGAGGAUGACUGGGCUCCCGGUGAUCACAGCCAGCACAAGCACCUGCCAGGCAAGGCUGUUGAGGAAAAGGAGCCAGACCAAGGAGCCUUCCAGGAGAGAGAUGCCCGAGGAGGAGCAGGGGCUGACCUGCCUGAGGGUGGCCAGGAGGAAGGAUUUGCAGCCCAGGGCCCUCCUGACCCUAUGCAGACACCCAGCAGGACUGGCGGGGAAGCAGAAUGGAGCUGUAGCAGCCCAAGACACUCUCCCCUUGGACCUGUGGUCAUAGCAGAUGUGAACAUAGACCCCACUGAGCCGGAACAGAGGACUCUGAAGGUGGCCGGGCCAGGCAGGGAGGUCAACACUAGGGUGCCCGCCUCUCCCAGUGGGAAGGCUCCUGAUGGAGGCCGCAGCAGGGCCCUGCCUGUCUGCAUGCCUCUCGCUGGGGAGAUCACAGGGGGCAAAGGGGAGGCCAGGAAUGAAGACAAGCCCCCUGGUGAUGUCCCAGGGGUCCUAGGAGCCUCCUUGGCUCUAGCUCAGGAGAUCCAGGAGCCCCCAAUAGGUGCUGAGAAUUCUGGCCCUUUAGCCUUGGAAAUGGGUUCAGGUGUUGGCCAGACACAGGUGCCAGGCCAGGGUCAAGAGGAGAUAGGAGGUGUGUGCUCACCACCUUUGCCGUCGCAGCCUGAGAGUGAAAAAGCAGCCAAGUUAGGGAGCCAGGGCUGCAAACAAGACUUCAAGGGGCUCAGUUUGUCCUUUGGAGCCUCUGCUCCACUGGUGUACAGAGAAGCAGUGGCUGGCCCUCCCCAGGAUGCUGGGACACACCAGGGCAGCCCAGAUGCCCCCGCAGGCCUGGCAGGCCAGCCUGAGCAACCUCCUGACUCUUCAGAGCAGGCCUUCUGGGGGGAAUCCCCAGCCAUGGAACUUGACUUCCUGCCAGACAGUCAGAUACAGAAUGCCCUGGAAAGCCCUGGCUUCGAAGCCCCACCUGAGCAGUUGUUUCCUGCAGGGAGCGGGCUGGGCCCUUGUUGCCCUGGCACCAGUCCAUGUGCUGACGGAAAUCCCUUUGCCGAGGCCCAGCUGAGGACCCGAGCGGGGAUCAAGACCUGUGAAGCCGCCAGGAUGGAGGACGCAACAGAGACUGUGCGCGGCCUCGUCAUCGAGCUCUCCAACCUGAACCGGCUGAUCAUGUGCGCCCACCGGGACCUGGAGGCCUUCAAGCGCUUCAACUACUACCGGAAGGCAAAGCCUGCAGGGAAGGCUCCCACACCCCACCCACCAAAGUGGGCUGGGACGCCUCGAGGGGAGCAGUCCUGGAGGGAUUUGUAGGCUGCUUCCAAACUAAGUGCUUCUACAAGCUUGCCGGCCCCCAGAAGUGCCUGACAUUCCUGCCAAACAGCUGGAAACAAUCCCGGAAAGCCUGCAGGCCCCUGUGUGCCCCCUGGUAUUCUGUUACCCUCCAAGAUGCUCCCGCGGGGCCUAGUGGGCCCCAGAAACCUCCCCUCAGCCAACCCGGAAGUCAGCUUCCCAUGGGAACCACAGGAGGCCCUGCCUGUGUCAACAACCUCCCUUGGGAGUUGUCUGGGCAGGGCUGGAGGUGGGGGCUUUGGGCUGAGUCCCCAGGAAGCCAGCUGGGGCCCCAGAGCUGCCCAGAUGUUUAUCUGGGUUUGCAAAUUUCAGCUCCUUAGCAAGGUUAUGAAAGGUUCAGAAUUUGUUUCUUUCCUGGAGGAGAAAAGGGCUUGCUUUGUUGGUCAUACCCUUGUUUUUCUCCGGAUUUCCAUUUUAUUUCUUCUGGGAAGGCCAUUAAUAAAUGAUUCUCUAGCCA